CCGAGUGUCCGCUACAAGUCUCCACUGUCGUGGAUAAAAAAGCGAGAUAGUAGUACGACUCAAUAUCAGUUUGGUAUCACUGAUCUUUCGGCUUUCGUCAACCUGAUCACCUGUCUCCUCGAGCGAGCACGGUAACGGCAGAAAGAUGUCACGCAGGGCGAUCAAAGCGAUUAAUUGGUCGGCACUCGCCGAAAGAGUUCCGGAGACGGAAAGGGCCGCAUUCGUCGCUUUCAAAGCCAAAUCUGAUGAACACCUGCGACGAAUGAGUGCAAAUCCAGAAACAGUGCCAAAACUAGAUUGGGCCUAUUACCAGAAGAAUAUCCCGCUGGCUGGAUUAGUCGAUAAAUUUCAGAAAGAAUAUGAGUCCCUGAAGGUGCCGUAUCCACCGGAUAAUUAUACUUCAGAAGUCGACGCUCUAGAAAAGAGAGUGAUGGCUGAACUUGAGAAGUUCGCACAAGAGUCAAACGAGCGCAUUGCUAAAUCCACCAAGGAAGUCGAAAGAAUAAAGAAAAUGUUACCGUUCUCCGAAAUGACAAUGGAAGAUUUCCGGGAUCUCUACCCGCAUAUAGCCAUAAACCCGGACAAACCCACGGUAUGGCCGCACACACCUGACGUACAACCGGAGAAUGAGAAAGGACGACCAUCGGUUCAUUAACAUGCCACGGUGCACUUAGAAUGAUUGGAAUCUGAUAUGUAGUCAUGAUUUACCUUCAGCGUAUAAUUCAAGAUAUGUGCUGAGAUGAUAAAAGAUAUUGUUAUCUCUGUAAUUAUCGUACACGUGCAGAAGUAAGUUUACAUAUCUAGAAAAAUAUGUUAAUUCUUCUUUCAACAGAGUGUGCUUGUGCAUUGUAAAAUGUAUAAACAGAACAGGUGUUCAAAUAUAAUUGGAGAUGUAUUAAUAUA